CGCAAGGUCAAGAUCACUCGGUUAAUCCAAUAUCCAGUCAGUCGAGGAUCUUGCACCUUGCAUCGUCGUGUGAACAAGACAAAAUACGUGUGUUUAUAUUAUAUUCAUUCAUAAUUUUUUUAUUAUUUUAAAUUCUUUUAGUUUUUUUUUUUUUUUGGUUGACUUGACUUGAAGAUUGAUAUAUUAAUUGAUUGAUUGAUAAAUUGAUUUAUUAACAAGUAAAAAAAUUUAAAAAAAUGGAAACGUGUGUUUUGAUACCUAAAGAAUUUUCUUUGGCACUUGCUAAUGAUAUUAAUCGACCACACAAGAAGGAAGAUGGAGAUGUGAGGAUAUCGGUUUGUUCAACAGUCUUUAUACCUGCUGGUACUCUGAUUUAUCCAUUUCAAGGAUCCAUCAGGUAUGACAAGAUUGAUUUGUAUUCACUUCUUGAUGAUAAUGAUAUUCGACGUGAGUAUGGAUGUUACGAUGAAGUAUCAAUGUCCGAGUACAAUCAUACACAUCGCAAGUGUAAUUGGAUCAGAUUUUUACGUAUUGUUCAAACUUACAAUGAUCAGGUCAAUUUAAUUGGCACAAAAGUUAAAGGUGAGCCAAUAUUUGAAGUAAUCAAGGAUGUCCAGCCAGACACGGAGCUCGUCGCCUGGUUUCUACCAGCAUCAUCCCACGAGGAUCUUGUCUUUAUAUCGCGUGACGUCUGUUCGCAUUCAGAUAUUUACAGGUGCAGCAUUGACUCAAUACUUUCUGAAUCACCAUUGGAUUUAUCAACAAGUCUUUUAACACGUAAACCAAAAAUAUCAAUAUCUGUAUCAGAUGCUGAUGAUUAUGAAUCAACAUCUGAAGAAUCAUCAUCAUCACGUGUAUCCCUAGUCAAUGAUCAACUUGAUUGUAGUGUUUUGACAACUGCAGUUAAACGUGGUGAACGUGUACUUUUACCAUGUGAAGUUUGCGGCAAAUCCUUUGAUCGUCCAUCACUAUUAAAACGUCACAUGCGAACACACACAGGUGAAAAACCACAUGUCUGUAUGGUUUGUAAUAAGGGUUUUUCAACAUCAUCAUCUUUAAAUACACACAAACGUAUUCACAGUGGUGAAAAACCACAUCAAUGUCUUGUUUGUGGUAAAAAAUUUACAGCAUCAUCAAAUUUAUACUAUCAUCGUAUGACGCAUAUCAAAGAAAAACCACAUAAAUGCUCACAAUGCUCAAAAUCAUUUCCAACACCUGGUGAUUUGAAGAGUCAUAUGUAUGUUCACAAUGGUUUAUGGCCAUUCAGAUGUCACAUUUGCAGUCGUGGUUUUAGUAAACCAACAAAUCUCAAGAAUCACAUGCUACUGCAUCUCGGACGCUGCUCAAACAAGACCAAGUUUGUCAAGUCUGACUCUUGAUUUACUUGUAUCACUUGAAAAUACAUUUUUUCUUUUUUCAUUUUUAUAUUAUUUUUUAUUCAAAAAAAAAAAAAAAAAACGAAAAAAAAAUACAAUCAUGAAUCAUUUGAAGUAGAUGACAUUUAUACUCAUUUAAAAAGUCAAGUAGAUUACGAAUUCAUGUGCCAGACAUUAACUCAAUCUUUUUUUUUUUUUUUUAGUCAACUUUUAAAGACUUUGAUUAUUCAACUACCUAAGUAAAUUUUUUUUUUUUUUUUUGAUUGCUUCAAUCAUACAAUUAUUAUUGAUUUUCAGUUCUUUC